AUGUCACUGGAAUCAUCUUCCACAUCAGUGCCAGCCUGCUUCUCUCUGUUACCUUCAGUGCCUGAUGACAUUGCCAGCUCUUCCCGUCCUCCAAUGUCUUACAUCACUUCCCAGGAGAUGAAGUGUAUUCUUCACUGGUUUGCCAGUUGGUCAGGUCCCCAGCGAGAACGUUUUCUACAAGACCUGGUAGCUAAGGCAGUUCUGGGAAAGCUACAGCCACUGCUGGAUGGCCUGGAGCGGCUCAGUGUGUCUGCGGCAAAUCGACCACCUUGUAUCUUUGAGUGUCAGCUACGUCUCUGGGAUCAGUGGUUUCGAGGUUGGGCUGAGCAGGAGCGCAAUGAAUUUGUCAGGCAGCUGGAGGUCAGUGAGCCAGAUUUCGUGGCGAAGUUUUACCAAGCAGUGGCUGCUACUGCUGGUAAGGACUGACAGGCAUUCAGAUCAAGAAGAGAAUGACACGUGAUCAAGCCAAAGCCAUGACUGCAGUGAUGAUUCAGUGCAAGUGUGUCACUUAAAGAUUCACCUGAACUGCCAGGGUAGUGGUCUGCCUUUUAUUCCAGCACUCAGGAGGCAGCCUGGUCUACAUAGCAAGUUCCAGACCAGCCAGCACUACAAAGUGAGACC